AUGGAUGAAAUACAGUGGAAAAGAAUUAUGGAUAUUGAUGCAUCGAACGUUAUCAAUACCCAACAAACUGAUUUGAUUAAUGUUCUUAAACGUCGAACAACAUUUAUCAAACACAAGCCGAAUGGUCGAACGUAUUCACGUUUGUUUUAUUUGCUUUUAUCUGAAGAUGCGAUACAUUAUCUCGGUUCCAGACAUUCAUCGAAAUUUGAAGCAUGUCUCAUUCGAGAUAUCGAUCAAAUUCGGCCGGGUUUUACGACCAAUGUUUGGAAGAGGUGCUUGAAAAAGCGAAAGAUAUCCGAAGAUCAAAAGCAGUUGGCCUUUUCUAUUCUGUAUAACAAUAAUCGUCGUUCAAUUGAUUUACUUGCUGAAUCAGAAGAAAUUCGUACACAAUGGAUUCAAGGAAUCGAGUAUUUAAUCAAUCGUUAUCGAUCACAUAUUCGAACAUAUCGUGAAAUAACUGAUCAAUGGAUUUGGCAUUUAUUUUCUCGAGCUGAUAUUGAUCAUUCAGGACAAUUAAGUCGUCACGAAGUUCAGCAUCUUUUACAUACGUUGAAUAUUCAAUUGAAUGAAAACGACCUCAAUCAUUAUUUUAAUCAAGCGAACAUUCGCACACGAAAUUCGCUCGAAUUGAAUCAUUUAGACAAAGAGGAAUUCAUCACCUUUUACAAAUUUGUAUCCCAACGACCAGAAUUAUUAAAAAUCAUUUGCCAAUUCAACAAUAGCAAUAGUGAACAAAUGGCAGCGACAUUGUCGGAAUAUUCAGUGAUUCAUAAAUUUCCUAGAUUAACAUGUACAAAUCAUACACGCCCAUCUCGUUCAUUAAGUUUUCGAAAACCGAAAACUUCGAAAGCGAAAGGUUUGACAUCGAGUUUCCGCCGACGUUCAGCAUCAAUUACUCCAGAACCAACGACUUCAUCGAAUGGAGUUGAACGAAAGAAUUAUCUAACAAUUGAACAAUUGAAAGAUUUCUUACAAAAAGAAGAGAAUAUCAAAGCAUUGUCUAUUGAAGAUUGUUCAAGAUUAAUUGCACGAUUUGAGCCAUCCGUCGAAGGUCGUCAAUGUGAAGGAAUGGGAGUUGAUGGUUUACGAUUACUCUUGCUCCAUGAAGAAUUCUGUCUAAUGAAUGCAGAUAAAUCUCACCGAAUUUAUCAUGAUAUGACAAGACCUAUCACCGAUUAUUUCAUUGCUACAUCGCAUAAUACGUACCUUCGAAACAAUCAAAUUUUUGGUAAUUGCACUCCGGAAACGUACAUACAUGCGCUACGAACUGGCUGUCGGGCAGUAGAAAUGGAUUGCUAUGACGGAGAAAAUAUGGAGCCAAUUGUUUAUCACGGACAUACGUUGACAGUACCAAUUUCCUUUCGAGAUAUUUUACUCGCUAUUGAAACAGUUGCAUUUGAAGCUUCACCCUAUCCGCUUUUCUUAAAUAUUGAAAAUCAUUGUUCGUACGAGCAACAAGGUGUACUGGCACAUCAUUUGAAAACUAUACUUAAAAAUUAUUUGUUGACUGAACCGUUAUCGGACGACUACGAGACAUUACCAUCGCCUGAACAGCUGAAAUACAAAGUACUUAUUCGCAGUCGUCGAUAUCGUAAAGGUCAAAUUCCAGCUGAUCCAAAAUCAGAUCGAAGCAAUGAUGAGACGGAACCAUAUCCUAAAAAUUAUCAUCCCGAUUUCUCUCGCCUAGUUAUCUAUUCACAGAUUGUUUCCUUUACCAAUAUAAGACACACAAUAUCAACACAGAGAUGCAACCAUACAAUAUCAUUCAAAGAAUCGAAAGCAAAUGAGUUGAUUGCUACUGAAACACCACAACAUCAAGAAUUCAUUACAUUAACUCAACGACAUUUAGUACGUGUUUAUCCCGGUACAAUGCGACAAGAUUCAAGCAAUUUACAUCCACCCUUCUAUUGGGCUUACGGCGUGCAAAUGGUCGCACUUAAUUAUCAAGCAAAUGACGAAUCGAUGUGUCUUCAAAAUGGCUUCUUCAGUGAUAAUGGUGGCUGUGGUUAUCUCUUAAAACCGCCAUGUUUAUUAGCAACCGAUCGAUCAUUCGAUCCGAAAAAGAGAUUUUUCGAUAAAGGCAAACGUUUAGAAAUUCAUGUUAUCAGUGGACAACAUUUGCCAAAAGAACGCAAUUUAAUCGAACAUUCAGAUAUAUCUGAUCCUUAUGUGAAAGUUUGUACAUAUGGCAUCGAAUGUGAUACUACUGAACAUCGAACGCCACCUGUGCGAAAUAAUGGUUUGAAUCCUAUAUGGGAUCAUAAGAUCUCUAUGGACAUCUACUGUCCGGAAUUAUGUUUAAUUAUAUUUCAAGUACGCGAUCAUGAUCGAUACGGACGAUCGACGUUUCUUGGACAGGCUUGUAUACCGUUUCAUGCACUGCAGUUAGGGUAUCGACAUGUCAAACUGAAAGCGAAAAAUGGCGACUAUAUUCAUGGGACAAUCUUCGUACGCGUGAAGAUUGAAGAUUUCUAA